AUGAGUUCUCUCUUCCGGGGCUCCAUUUAUGGUUUACAAUCAACAAUCAAGAUCGCUUUCAUUAAUGGGAAGAGCGUCGAAGAAAGCAACGAUGAGAGAGAUGAAAAAAGAAUUGCUGGAAUGAUUUCAACGGAAAUGCAAGAAGCGCGAUGUUGGAAUCAUGAAAAUAUGACAGAAAAUUAA